CGAAACCCCACACCUGACAUCUGCCCAGGCCGCCGGUUUCGAUUUCUUUCCGGGUCGGGUUGCAGCCACUCAUGGAGAGAGAAAGGGGCUGCAAAUGGAAAGAAGCUGGGCGAUGAGGAAAAGGCAGGAGGAAGCGGAGCGUUGUAUCGAGGCGGCACACAAGUGUUUGAAGUCCGGCGACGCCGAGAAGGCUCUGCAGUUCUUGUACUGGGCGCAACAGAGAUACCCGACUCAGCGAACUAAAGCACUAAUUAAUUCAAUAAUUAGGAAUCAAUGUACUGCUGGUUGGACAAAUGCCAAGGAUGCUGAUGAAUCUAUUACUAAGUCCAGCAAAUUGAAAAACUGUGUGAAUGGAAAUGCUCCCGAUGAUAUUAGUGAUGCUGCGAAGGGUUACACGCAAGAGCAGCUUGAAGGAGUACAGAGGAUAAAACGAUGUAAGAAUUACUAUGAAAUUUUGGGAGUUGAUAAAAAUGCUGAUGAUGAAGAUUUGAAGAAAUCCUAUAGGAAGCUGGCAUUGAAAUUCCACCCAGAUAAAAACUGUGCCCCUGGAGCAACAGAUGCAUUUAAAGCCAUAGGAAAUGCGUAUGCCAUAUUGAGCAAUCCAGAAAAGCGAUAUCAGUAUGAUCAUCGUAGAGAGGAAUCAACAACCAUCCGCAGUCCUUAUACUAACAAUUCAAGCCAUUAUCAAGAAUUUGAAGCUGAUAUAACACCUGAAGAUGUAUUCAACAUGUUUUUUGGUGGAAGAUUUCCAACAGGUAACAUUCAUGCCUACACAAAUGGAGGGACAACGUACACCCAUUUUUACCGUCGGCGCCGACAUAUGUAUGAAAGGACAGAAGAGGAGGAACAGGAAAAUAGAAUCCAGGGCACUUAUUCAGCAUUUGUGCAGCUAUUACCAAUCUUUAUUUUAGUUCUGGUGUCGCUUGUGGCCCAGUUGAUGGUGACCAAUCCUCCUUAUAGUCUUCAAUACAAACCGUCAUUGGGCCACAUCUUGUCGAGAGAAACAGAACACUUAAGAGUAACAUAUUUUGUCGACAAAGGAUUUGAGAAGGAGUACAGAGGCAAAGCACUACAAAAUGUGGAAACUAGUGUCGAGAAUGAUUACAUUGAUUAUCUUCAAAAGAGCUGCUGGAAAGAAAAACAGCAAAAAACUGAUCUGCUAAAUUUGGCAACAUUGUACAGGGACGAACGUCUGAAGCAGAAGGCUGAAUCUAUUAAGGCAGAAAAUUGUGAAAAGCUGACCAAGCUUAUUGAACUUCAGAGGAAAGGGUGACAGCAGUUCCAGAUUCACAUAAUACUGCAUUAAAAUAAGCAAAGUUCCAAAAUCAUUGCAUCAUGUUCCAGAGCUAAACAUACUAGUUUCCUAAACUUGAAUGCAUUUUGCAAAGUAUUAUCCAUCAUAGUUUUGAAGGAGAAGCCAUAACGUAGUAUUGUUGCUAAGUUACAUUAAGGUUUGGUAGCUACAGUCUUACAUGAAGAUAUGCUAUAAACAGAACUGAUGGAAGGAUCGCGACUUGAAAUAGUGGCUGUUUCUCCGUAGAUGCUACCUAACCUCCGAGCAUGUCCAUCAAUAUCCUUUAAUAUUUAUUGUUCCAUCAUCUAUCAUAGUUUUUGUUUUUAGCAGUAUUUUAUUGUUCUGGUAAAUUAUAUUCAUCACCUUUCAGUAAAACUGGAUAUUUUUAAAUAAUACAUCUAAUUCUGUGCCUGCACCUUCAGUUGUAAAAUGUCAUUGGAUCAGCACUUGAAAUGCUUUAGGAUCCAUGACAAAGGGCUUAUAGCUGAAAAGAUGGAUUAACCUAAAUAGUUCAUUUUUGGGGUGGUGGGGACUUACUUUGUGAUCAAAUCACUACCCAACACUUUAUACUACUCGCAUAAAUUAAUAACUUGUGAAUUCUUGGUAUUUUCUUUGCUGAAACCAUUGUCAUAUUAAGCAUUUUAUUUAUCAUUAUAAACAUGUUGAAAUGUAUUGUCUGAAAUUUUAUCAUGUAUUUUGCACAUCUGUUUUUUUUUGAGGUUGCAUGGAUGUACUGUGAAACUCUUCAAGUUGGAGCUGAACUGACGAUUGCUGAACCAAUCGUUCUCGCAAUUUCUUUGCCUGCGUAUUUCAGAAGCACUGUUGAUAUGGUGCAAUUGUUUUAUACUUCUGAAUUAAAUGUGCAUUAAGUAGAAUUUCUGAAUAAUUGAGGAUUUUGAAGAACUUUACUCAUUUUAAACAAAAUUAUUGAAGCUACUUUUUAAAAUCCAGGGGAAUUUAUUUGCACAAAGUGAUGAGGUAGAAAAUAACUUUUUCCACAUAUGGUAUCUUGUAAAUGUGGCUUCAAGUAUGUAACUAGUGAAGGAAUUGUGCAUAUUGGUGUUUAUUUAAUGUACAUAUUUAUUAAAACAAAUCACACAAUUUAUAAUAUUGCAUGUAACAAUAUUUAAAAUUUACAUCAUGUAUUGAAAAAUGUUUUUAUUUGAAUUACUAUGGUAUCUUGAAGGCCAAGAAGGCCAAGUAUCUUGAAAUCUGUAUAUCAUGUUACAAUUCUGAACCUUGAAUUAUGUUCAAAUAAAAUAUUUUUUAAAGGUGAUCAUUGUCAAUUUGCAGUUUUUAAAAAUAUAGUUGAUCUAAUGAAAGGUAUUACAAAGACAAGUAGUAAACAAACCAGGUAAUGUAUAAUAGGACUAUAUAAAUACUAAUCAUCUACUAAAAUUUAAGUAUUUGGGAACGAGGCAAUUUUUAUAAAAAUGGAAUCAAUUCCAUUCUCAAAGUAUGUCAAUGGUGCUGAUUACUUCUAAGUACCAUACCAGUCAAUUAUUUAUUAAUUUAUUCUUUAUCAAAUACCUUCAGCAAGUGCAUCUUGUUCAGUGUUUACGCGCUUUGUAAGAUCCACUGAUUUUAUCAGAUUAAAGAGUAAAUCGCUAUUUCCACUUUCAGCAACUACAAGAGGUGAUCAGAAUUGAAAAUUAGGACUGUGCUGAAUUAUUGUUUUUAAUGUCCUUUUAAUUGGAGUUGGUAUGGAAAUCCUUGUUGCCUAAACACUUUUAAAAAUUAGGGGAAAUGAAAAUCUAACCAAAGAAAAUCAGUACUGAAAAUCAUUAUUUUUUGGAUUGGUGCUUUAACUGAGUUAAAAUUCCGAGAUAAACUACUUUGCCUCAUCAUUCAUUUCAGUCAUUCAGUGAUUGGUAGUCAGGCCUUCACUGUACCAAUCCUAAAUUCAGAUUCUGUUCUAAAAAGUAUUUCUCUAGUACUAUAAGUACUUUUAAAAAACUUCUGUUCCAUGGUAGAUGUAUGUC